UUUGCUUCUCUCAUUCAUUCGUUUACUCGCUCUGCCGUCGGUCGGUCGCGAGUUUCUUUUCCUCGUCGCCGUCGUCGUCGUUCGUGCGUGCGCGUGUACGAGUGUGUGCACACCUGUGAGUGCGUGUGCGUUUGGCACAAUCUCUUUUCCUGAUUUUGAUUUUGGAUUCCUUUUUUUUUGCGUUCCGGAUUAUUUCGCUGUGUUCCUGAUCUUCUGCACUGAUGGUGAGGUGAAAAUUUGUGAGUGAAUAAAAGAAUUUUUGUGCAGAUUGCCGAAUUUUGACAAAUUCACGCAAAAGAAAAAUAUUGCGUGACGUUUCUCGUGGCGAUCCAAGCAGCCGCGGCAGUGUAUGUGUGUACACGCGCGAGUGUUGUCAAAAUUUUUUGAUAGUGAAUCGUGUGGCGUGAGGGGGACGGAAGGAGGGGAGGGCCUUAUUUUGCUUACCCGAGAAGAAGUUGCUCUCGGAAAUCUGUGCAGGCUGGCCAAAGUGAGUUGGCCUUGGCGGAUCAUUACACCGUUUGUCGGGUGGAUAACCGUAAUGAGCGCGGACCCGUCAGUGGGUUCCGAUGGAUUAGUGUUUGAAGUGCAUGCAGGGUAGUGCAAAACAACUCCCCGAAAAAAAGGUGAUCCGAGAGAAGAAAAAGUGGACCACUCUCCCAAAGGGGGUCUGAGGAGGACAAAGCAAAGAAGAGGUUUCUUUCUGGGUGAAGCAAAAUGUAGACGAAAAAUUUCGUGUUGCACAAAAAGAAGUUGAACGAAUCGAGAGUCGAAAAGUGAGUGCCUGCAAGGUGAAAGUGCCCCGAAAUGUCCACACCGAACCCGUUCCAGCCGUGGAAGCAGCAAAACCGGCCUCCCGGAAUACCCCCCAACCUGUCCACGAACAACAGCUAUGGAAAAUUACCCGCCGUCGCCCAUCAGAAUCAAAUGCAAUCGAUUCAACAGCAGCAGCAGCAGCAUCUUCUGCUAAGCCACUCAGCGCCGGUGAUCCAGUCGGCCCCAUCGCCAUCCUCGUCGGCCAUUUCGUCGAGCACGGGAGGAUCGGCCAUGGGGACGGCCGGGAUGAGUGAAUUUCUGUCUCAGCUGGGGGCCAACAAGCUGAUGCUGAGCAAACUUAGUGCCAGCUACGGGUUGGCGGUGGCGCCAUCCGCCGGUGAUCAGCACCAGCAGAACCAUCACCAGCAGCUGAUGCAACAACAGCAGCAGCAUCUCUCCCCGCCGGAUGAUUGUGCCAGCGACAAGGAGCGCGAGCAGCGAAUUCAGCAGAUUUUUGAAAGUGCGAUUGGGGACAACUCCAAAAAGCAAAUCGUGGACAUUCUGGAGAAGAUUUCCUCGCUCAGGCCACCCGAGCGAUUACUGUUGUACCUGCGAAUGCCCGGCGGCUAUCCUGAAACUGAUCCCCUGCGACAGUCCCAGAACCCGCUGGGUACCCGUUCCGAGAUCAACCACACCAUCAACUGGGUCCGGUCGCACCUGGAGCACGAUCCGAACGUGUCCAUUCCGAAGCAGGAGGUGUACGAAGAUUACAUUGCCUUCUGCGAACGGAUCGACAUCAAGCCGCUGUCGACGGCAGACUUCGGCAAGGUGAUGAAGCAGGUCUUUCCGGGCAUUCGACCCCGGCGGCUCGGUACGCGUGGCCACUCGCGCUACUGCUACGCGGCCAUGCGCAAAGCCACCAAACUGGCAGCCCCCAAGUUGCCCGAUCUCAGCACGCCCAGCGCCGCGGGCAGCAGCACCGGCCACAGUGGCGGCGAGAAGAACUCCGAUGACCCGGAGGAGCACGUGCCAACGGACGAGGAAGCGUGGAAGGUGAUCAAGGUGUGGGCGGAGGCGAUGCUGCCGAGUUCGUUCGGCACGAUCAACGAGCUGGCCGGGUUCAUCAACAAGAACAAUCUCAACUCGCCGACCAGCAUCGCCAGCCGGCAGCUGCUGCAGAAGAAGCUGAUGCAGCGCGAGCUCAAGGAGCGGAAGAAGCUAACCGCGGCCGCCAUGAAAAAGCGACGAAAGAAGCGCCGGAAAACGCUCUCCACCAGCGUCGAUUCCGAGCAGCAGCAGCAGCAGGACCCUUCCGAAGCAACCCCCGGCGGCAACUCGUCGUCGCUCACCUCAGCCUCCACCACCGAGGCCGCCGAAAAUCUGCUCCAGCAAAUGAUCAAACACGAACCGGAGGUAGAUUUCACCGACGAGGACAACAACAACACAACCGUCGCCCCAGGAGUUGGCGCCACAAGUGUCAUUACACUCAAGCAGCAAAGUACAAACGUCGUCUGUGAUACCGGUGGUGGUGUCGUGGGUCAUCAGACUCCGGCCGGUGGCCGGGAGAUGCGAAGCCCGGCGGAGGAGUACACGAUAUUCUGUAAGAAGGUGCGCCAGGCGCAGCAGCUGAAGGCGGCGGCUCAGUUGCAGCAGCAAAUGCCACAGCCGGCGGUGCCUCCGCCGCCGCAGCAGCAUCAGCAGGUUGUGCCGAGUCCGUUGAGGAUUCCGAGUGCCGCGGCGAAGCGGGCCGCCUCGAUAGCGCACAUGACGCGCCAGAAGCGGUUGAGAUUGUUGCAGCAGCAGCAGCAGCGCUCGCUGGAAGCGCAGAAUAACAGUGCGCCGCGGUAUGACGAGUUGGGGAAUUUGAUUUUGAUCGAGAGUCAGGACUUGGUGACGAGUAGCAGCAAGGAGGACUUUAUCAUACCGAGGGAGCGGGUUAUUAGCAUUUGCAACAUGGACAAGAACGCGUUGGACGAUUACUUGAACUGUGACGAGGAGAACUCGCAGGAUCAGGACCAGGAGCUGCUGCAGUACUUUCCGGAGGAGAAUCAGGGUGCGGGACAGCAGCAGCAACAUCAACAGCAUCAACAGGGUAGUGUUGACUCGGGGAGUGCCGGGUACGGUGGGAUGUUUGAGGAUAGUGAGCAGAACUUGAAGUUGUCGCAGCUUCGUAGCAUGUUGGAACUGAAUAUGGCGCAGAGCAGUGGUGCGAUGGACAAACCGCAGCAUCAGCAGCUUCAGAUUGGAGGUCAGUUGGACGGGUUUGAUGGCGCGGGGGUGAGUCAACAGCAGAUGAGUUUGCAGCCGGGUUCGGCUGCGGCUUCGUUGGCGAUGCUGUCCCAGCGUCAUCAUGGUGGGAGUUUGAGUGCUGGUGGAGCUUCUGAAGGUAAGAAAGCAAACGUUGAAGGGUUCAACAGUUUAGGAAACUGUAGCGGGCAGGCAGGUCCGUCGCAGAGUCCAAACGGAAGACGCAAAAAUUGUAGCUUUGUGCCCAUUUCUGCGGGUCCUCAAUCUCCGCGAGUUCAACCUGCAAGCAAACCGCAAAACAACAACAGUACGCCGAACGCUAGUCCAUUCGUGAGUCCACGGAACACUCCGAUUCAUCGGAAAAGCAAGGCCAUCAACAAUGGUCUCACCUUGAGCAUUUUGCAGCAUAACCAGUCCGGCUUUCAUCAGCCCCAGCGAGCUCCAUUCAUGAAGAACGAGCUGUCCGCUUCGGCGCCGCCAAGCCCGUCGCUCGUACAGAGUUACAGAUUCUCCAUGAAUUCGGGCAUGCACGGCAACCAGAACGCUCCUCUGCCCUCGUUCCAGCCGAUUUGUGGCCCAUCCUCUCAAAUGCAGAACAUGCCCGGCGGCGGUUCGCUCGAGUCGCGAUCCAGCAGUGUUCCGUUGAUCCCCAACUACGACGGGUACAGCCAUUCCAACUUUACCUCCAUCUCGCAAACCCCGGUUCCGUCCGAGUGUGACGACUUCUCCGACCCGAACAACAUCCUGGACAUGCUGAACGAACCGCCGUCCUCGUCGUCGUCCAACGUCGUCCGCCCGGCCAUCAAACUCGAAGACCAGGAGCCAUCCAUCGCGGACAUCCUCGACCAACACGAGGAAAUGUUCAACAAAUCUUCCAUCCCGUACAACAGCCUGUCCCGGUCGGUCCCGUCGACGCCACUUCCACACCACAUGCCAUCGAACCAGCACUGCGGUGGACCCGCACUCAACUCCAACGGGUUCUCCUCCAAGUCCCUGUUCGAGCUGCCCAAGUCGGUGCCCUCCACUCCCAUCAGCAACGGCCGAACCGCCGAGUCCCUGUUCCAGUACAGCCCGGAGACGUCGCGCGAUUACCUCAUCAACGGUAACUCGGUCGAACGCGCCACAGGUAAGCUAACCUCCUUCUACCAAAACCAGUCGGUCGGAAACAACGGCACCGUUGGAAUCACCAACAAUCCCGUCAACCAACCCGGCACGACGAACGGAACUGCGGGUGGCCCCCAAACAACCACAAUUCCCAGUGGACCCUCGUCCGCGUCCGGUCCGGAAAUGUCCAUGCUGAGCGAUGGAAUCGAUAGCUUCACCGACGCCCUGAUCGGUUCCGACCCGCUGCGGUUCCUGUAGACUUCUGCUGCGCGUGUUACAGUUUCACACUCACUCUCGAUUCGCGUCGUACAAUGUAGUUACAAUGUGUGUACACUGCGCGCGAGUUUAUUAGUAAUUUAUUCUCCACGUGCCGUUUACUAGACGAUAGCUCUAAGACUGACUCUCUCGUUCGUUCUCUUUCGCUCGUUGCAUUUGCUGUCACACUCUGAGACAUUGCCCGUGGUAAACACGGGGUUAGAGCUGUAACUUUGGAACUGACCAAUUCCAAACCUAUUUCUUUUUUUCGUAAACAAAUAGAUAUUGUGACUCUUGAAUAAAAUUGUCUCACCACUUGUAUUCAUCAGUGUGCGAAGACGGUCGUAAAAUUCGAAUUCAAAUUUGCAUUUGCUCAAUUCACGCUACUCACACUAUUGUGAGCAGGAAGACCGGCCUGCACUGCGAUGCGCGCUCUGACAUUGACCUUGAAAGUGCUUGCAACACUUGGCACCUCAGCUUCCCGUCAGCGCGCGAGCAGGGGGAACACAAAUCCCGGUACGGUACACGAGUUGCAGUGUAGGAGAGGGUGGGGUGUAUAUUUAUCGGUAUCGGUUGUUUAAUCACCUUAAUGUUGGAGAAAAAAAUGGUUUCGUACUAAAAUGUUUAAGAUCAAACUGCAGCGCUUUCAAACCGUUUGGAUUGAUGAUUCGUUAUAAUCGAUAAUCAAAAUAGUGUAAUUCUUCAAACUAAAAAAAUCCAAAAAAACUUCAUUUGAGGUUUCGAAAUUGCAUCGUGUUUUAUCUUCUUCGACGAAACUGCUCAAUUUGGAAUGGCCAAAUGGCCAGUGUUGUAAAUUAGUGAUAGAAAAUCAAAUCAUUUGAUGAUUCCUGCACCAAAAUAUCCCAAAGUAUUGCGAGUUUUUCUCUCUUAUCUCGUGGUAGCCAGCAAGAGCAUUCUCUUUCUUUUACUCUUUCUCUUUUCGUCGUACACGCGCACUUGCCGAAGAUUCUUUUGUUUUCUCAGAAAACAGCAAUAAAAAAGAACGCGAGAGGACUAUUGGGAACCGACCACGCAUUACGUCCCGUUAGACUGCGUUGGGAAAUUUGUUUUGAGGCUACGCUCUGUUUAGAGGGAUGGCGAAUGUGGGAGCGAGAGAGAAAAAGAGAAUAUCACAAGGGAUUGUGUAAACACGAAAUAGAGACCAAUUCUUUGUGCUGAGAAUAUCGCGACUGAAAGUUGGGUAGUAAAAGUUGGGAGUUGAGAUUGCGGACAUGAUGAUUGUAGUCGCUGAGAACUGAGUGUUUAAUAUUUUCUCAACUCUGAAUGAAGCCAAACGUUGUCCCUUUUACAUUUGCAUUAUCAAAGUUCCAUCACCAUUUGUAGCAUGUUCAUCACCGGGAAUUUUCUCCUUAAUUGUGCGAUGAUUACUACUCUGCCGCUCAAAUCAAGUCCGUCCCAUAUGUAAUUUCGUCAAUUUUGAGGUAAUGAUGCAGUUUGGUUCAAAAUCAUGUAAACUAUCAGAAAACCCAAUAAAAUUUAGUACUUUGUUCUAGAAAACCGGAGAAAAUCCACUUUUUCGUGAAAUUCUAACACGUAGCCUUAUGGGCGGGACAAACUUGACAUGCGUUUUUCUCGGCUUGCUGUUUUUACAUAUGGGACGGACACGAUUAGAGCGGCAGUACUGUACACUGCACUGGUUGAUCUUGCCCGUUUUUUUUGCUACACAGUAAUUUUUUUUGUAAAUUUGGAAGGUGUAAUAAUGGAAGGUUGAAUUUUGCAUCUUUUAGAUGUAAUUUUACCUCAAUUUAGACUGAAAAAGAGACAUUAUACCAUAAUAGUGGUAAAAUUUCAAAUUUACAAACAGAUGUAAUAUUACCUUGAUUUUUUGGGGUGAGCGAGUGAGGUUAGGGGUCUUUUUGAAUGUUUUACCAAAGUUCGAAAGACGUAGGGUCGAAUCAACAAAUUUCACAUAACAUUUUGUCGCAUAACAAAAUGUCGAACGGAUGAAAGGUCAAAUGGACAAAAUGUCGAAAGACUAAUGGUCGAAAAUGCGUUUUUUAACUGAGCAUAAUUUCAACUAGCUCUGCUCUAUUUUAAAGAAUAGUUAUAUUUAAGAAACAAGAAUAAACAAUCAACCUUUUUACCACUUUCGACCUUUUGUUCUUUCGAUCUUGCGUCUUUCGACUUUUUUUUCGCAUAUCCGGUAUUCUUGUGGAAAUUGAAUGGAUUGCAACUAUUUCAAACAAUCCGAGUUGACCCCGGUUUUAGUGGGUUUGUUUGUCCAUUUUUUUUCUAUUUGGAUGUGUAAAGUGUUAAAUCAAUUGAAUUCUACACAGAAAAAAAAAUCAUGGUAAUAUUACAUCUGGGAAGGGGUACAUCUUUUAUGUCAGAAAAAAGGUGUAAUUUUACCUCUAGAAAUGUGUAAUUUUACCACUUUUCUGGUGUAAUGCCACUUUUUCAGUCUAAAUUGAAGUAAAAUUACAUCAUAAAAGAGGUAAUAUUCAACCUUCCAAAAUUAAAGCUUCCAAAUUUACAUUUUAUUUUUGUAUUGUCGUUAUAAUAAUUUUUGUUUAUUUUUGUUAUUUCCUUCUUUUCAUUUAAGUGUUUUAACACUUGUAGCACCAACGGGGUCAAAACUUACGCGAAGCUCCAAGGGGGUCAAAAAAGUUGGAAAUGCAACUUCAUUCGGCUGUAUAUCGGCAAGAACUCAAUCGAUUUGGAUUAUUCUUGUUGCAUUCGAUCCGGAAGGAUGUCAGUAAUCACCUACAACAAGGUAGAUCCAGAACAGAUGUGUCUACUCUAAGUGACAAUGAAAAAUGUAUUUCCAACUUUUUUCCAAGGGUUCAAAGAGCCGGGUUAUUUGCAUUUCCAACUUUUUUGACUCCGUUGGGGCUACAAGUGUUAAUUUAGGCAAUUUUUGUCUAUGAAAAUUCCAAUAAACCUUUGUAAAAAAACUUUUAAUGUUCAAAACACAAAAUAUUAUUUUUUAUAAACUUCACCAUUUGUUUCAUUAAUUCCCCUAACAUUAUGGAGCAAAACAUGUAUCAAAUUAAACGAAAAAUGAAGUUCAACUAAUUUUGUCAGAAUAUCUACUCCCAUUUUUGAUUGCCAAAGCGACAUUCUCAUAAAAGUGGGUUUCUGCCUCUCGUUUUCUCCGUUGCAAAUUGUUGCAUCUUUUUCACUCAUCAUCGCCCUUUACACUAAACUUUGAUAGUUUUAGGUAAAUAGAGCACAUGUGAAAUGGGGCACAUUCGUCUGUGAUUGCACAGGUCGGAAAACACAAAAAAGGGAACAAACCACAUGCCGUGUCUUCUUCGGUGGAACUAGCGAGAUAGAGAGGGAAAUGGGCUACAACUUUGUAGUAAAUUUGCGUCAUCCCUCUGGUGCUCAACUCGACUGCAUCGAUUAGUGUUUAUUUAGCGAUAGUGUUCGAGAAUGGAAUUUAAACAACUGAUCCACUUGAAUGACCACGAAACAUGGGUUUUUGAUAUAAAAAUAGUGGCAAUUUUCAUGAAGCAUACUUAUGGUAGAGAUAAUCUUGUUUGCAGUUUAAAUUUACAACGUGCGGUGUCCAUCUUACUUAGAAGCUGAAUGUUAGCACCUUGGUGUCAAUGAAUGCAGUCGUGUGUGCACAAGCUUGCAGCUACUAGUGUCCAUUUUUAAAUAGAGUUAUGGCAGUCAUUUGCCGACAUCAUUUAAAUAGGGCAGAUGGUGCAAUAGAGGAGAAAAGCAACUCGCGACAAAAUUUUGAGGCUAGGAAUUUUGACAGGUAUGAUUUUCAUAAAGUAUUCGCCUCCUUUUCUCUCCCACAGAAAACCUGGGAACGAGGUAGCUGUCAAACUAGGCCAAAAUGUGAAAGUCACUCACAAAAUGAACUUUGAGUGAUUUGAGUUCAUUUCUGACAUCACGAUUUUCUCCCCUAUAUUAUUUUUUUAAAUUUUUAAAUUAUUAAAUUAAUAACUAACAUUUUCCGGAAUGCAGUGUCAUCCUCGAGUGUUCAAUUAUCGAGCUGUCAAAUCGCAACAUGGAGUUAAACUUUCUGUGCAGUUGCUGUGAAGCUUACCAAGGCUUUUCAAAAAGUUUAACUCCAUGUUGCACGCACACACUCUCACUUUUAAUUUCUCGAUAGCACAAAUCAAGUGCCCCAGACGGCGGCGUGCGGAAAUCCGCUCCGCGGUCAAGUGCAUUCACGUGUUUGGCAUAGUUUUUUUUUCCGUUCUGCAUCAUCCUCUCUAGAUUAGGCGGUUUUACCAAACUUAGACUAAUCACUUCAAUCCCCUAAGUUUUGCCCUGGUGACGCUUGCCGCAACGACGAGAUUGUGUGCGUUCGUUUAUUAUUAAUAGUUUGCAGCAAACAUAGUUGCAACUUGCACUAGUGUAAUUUUAUGGCUUGCGCGUGCAGUGAACACAUUAGUGUGGUCCAAAUUUUUAUUUUAUUUUGUUUUUUGCAAACUUAAUUACAAAAGGGAUGGUGGAAAUGAGGCUGCUUUUCACAAAAAUGCUUUACCUCAAAAUUAGGUCAAUGGCAUAUAGAUCAUUCCGCCGUAAAACGGCAGUUUAGGGCAUGACCUUUUGUUGAAUUUUAAGUAUGACCUUGAUAAGUCACGAUAGAAAUUGACGCUCUGGCUUUGAACUUUAACCCUUUUCAGAUGGUUACGACCAUAAGAAAAUAAUAGGCCAGUUUUGAAAUAGUAGUUUAUGCAACAAGUUGCAAAAAGAGGAUUUUUUCAGCACGAGUCGUACAUUUAUCCAACGAGGUUCACCGAGUUGGAUAAAUACGACAAGUGCUGAAAAAAUCAAGUUUUGCAACGAGUUCCAUACAACAUUUUUUGCAAUUCCGAAAAACACCUUUUGAAUGUAAUUGUAAGUCAAAUGCCCAUGUAUGAAGUCAAUUCACCGUUUAAAUCAAAACAAUGUUGAAAAGUAUUACUUUUCAAAAGAAGUGCUGAAAAGUUCAACUUUUCAGAACCCAUUACAGUGCUGAAAAGUAGAACUUUUCAGCAUUUGUUUUGAAAUGUGUUUCUAUUCGAUGCUGUUAUUUUUAGUAGAGAGAAGUAGACUGUUUCGUCAUUGGAGAAUGGCAGGAAAAGUAGGAAGUUUCAAGACGGAAUUGCAAAAAAUUUGAUUUUUGGGCCAUAUCUGACCCUUCAGGCCUGAAUGGGUUAAAUGUCCUUUACCCAGAAAAUCGGUGCUGUUAGCUUUUGCCAUUUUUGAGCCCCUUAACAAUUUUUGGAUAUUUCUCGAGCUAAAGUUCGUGUUUGAAAGAACAACUUUGCCAAAGAGUGCCAAGCGAUUCAUCCACUAUGAACAAAGUUACAGCAUUUAUAACAUCUUCCCAAACUACACCUUUGUUCUUCAAGUUCAUCUGGCAAAACUACCAGCUUGUUUGAUUGCAAAGGCGUCGUGACGCAGGGAAAAAUAAAAUAAACUUCUUCAGAGUGGACGGAUUGCUUCUCACUCUUCGGCAAAAUUGGUUUUGCUCACGAAAUUUUGAAAAGAUUAAAAAAAAAAACGUUUAGGGACUAAACAAAAUACACAAAAUCGAACAAUUAUUAUCUGAUGUCGAUAGGUAAUUAUCGAUAAAAACUGACGCAAAUUUAAAAUAAAGAAUAAAUUAAGUUAGCAAAGGGCCGUCCGACAGUCAUAGGGAUGAUACUGCAGGAAUGGUUUUCUUUGUACAAUUACUGGAUAUUUUACUCAGAACUUGUACAGAGCUGAAUAAGAAGGUUAAAAUACUUGAACACAAACACAUAUUUCCUCAUAAGGCUCUUCGAAUUCACCUAGAAAUUCAUAACUUUUUUUUGUUAAGGUUGCCUUAGUAUUCACCGAUUGUUAAAAAUUCAAAAUAAUUUAGAAAUUCAAAAAUUUAAAAAUUUAAAAGUUUUAUUAAAAAUAUAUAAAUUAGGUAAUAUAGAAAUUUUAAAAAAUUGGUUCUUAUUGACAAAAAAAAAACAUCCAGAAAUAAAAAAUUUUUUAAAAUUUUAGAAGUCCUACAUUUUUAAGUUUUUUUUUUUCAAUUUUGGAUAUUUUAAUUUUAUAACUUUUAACUUUAACAAUACGCAAAAAAUAAAAAAGUUUAAAAAUUUAAUUUGCGAGUAAUGGUUUCAACAUUUGAAUGAAAAAAGUUUCGGACAAAUUUUGAAGGGAGGGUGGGGGGGGGGGGAAGACAUAAACUUUGAAAAAUAUUUGCAACGGCCUAAAUUAGAAAAUGUAUUUUUUUAUAUUUCAUAACCGCCAUUUUGGCAGCCAUCUUGGAUUUUAACAUUUUAAAUCACUUUAGAGUAGUUUAGGGGCCAUACAUAAGCUCAACAAUCAAAAAUAAGACAACGAAAAAAUAUAUUUUUUUCGUGAUUAGAUUAUCUGAAGUUUCGAUUAUUUGAAGUUUUAAAUUUUGUGAGUUUUUUGAUCUAAAUACAAGUAAAAAAAAUCCUUUUUUUUUGUUGUCUGAAUGUGAUAAAAAGUUUUAAUUUUUCAAUUUCUAUGUUUUUUUUAUGUUUUUUCAUUAUUUUUAAAUAUCUUCAUUUUUUUUUUAAAUUUUGUUGGAGAUAAAAAAAAAUUAAGACUUUUUAUUUCGUUACCGUCUGAAAUUUGUGUAACCCAAUCUCACCCCCAGACCCAAUUUCACCCCUGAUGACGGAACUAAAAAUUAUUUUUUCAAGUAUUUAGAUAUUUUUUUAAUUUUUUAAAUUGAAGCUUCGAUAACAUGGCAAGAACUGGCGGUAGGACAUUGCUUAUAUGGCCUUUUACUACAAAUGGGAAGCAAGACCGUGAGAACAAUGGCAUACCCCCCUUUCAAAUGUUGCUUCAGAUUUGUCGAUCGAGAAAUUACGAUUGUAUGAUCUUAACCUACUUCUGGCCAUUGUGAUAAAUAUAUCAACUUUUAUCUUUCCCAUAUAACCGUGGACCACCCUACUAGUAGUGCACAUCUCCGCCGAUUGUAGUGUGUGGCCUGUCCCUCUAGAACGUGGCCUUGAAUGGUGCCAGUGGGUCAUCGACUUGCGCACACGCCGCUCCAGCCGGCUUAGGGGAUGGCAGGCCAAACUGGGUUAUCGCGAAAAAGUGCAGUGCAUUGCAAAUUUUUCAUUAACCGUUUAAAAUCGAAAAACACUUUCGAGAGUAGAUCUUUCCAUUGCGAUAAUGGCUUCCGAUUAUUUUUUCCUGAUAAGAGCUGGCGUCGCACAUUUAUUACCGGGGAGACUAUCAUCAUGAGUUGCGCGACUAAACAAAUGAGUUGCGCGCGUUCAAAGAGGAAGUGCGCUGAUGCUGAUGGGUGGAAGGGAGAUUCUUUUAUUUGUGAUGCAAUCGACGGUGCACAAACGAGAGUAAAAGUAAUAAAAGUCAAAUAAAAAGGCUUCGUCGCAGUAACGAAACUGUGGAGAAACAAAAAAAAACAGUUGAAUGAGUAGCGUUCUCCUGAUAUCGUACUGAAAAUAUAGAAGAGUUUCAAAGUUAAAACAAUAUUCUUAGCCGCGGCUAUAAAACGAAUUAAAAACCAAAACAAACAUUGGACCAAAAUUUUAUAUUUAGACAACUAGGAGCGCUGACAGAAACGACAGCAUCAAAAUUAAACCCUUUUGGACGUGAAAUUGAAUAGUUGAAAAAACGCUAAAAAUGCGCACAAAACACGGUACGCACUUCACAAACUCACAUUCACAGUGCGUGAGUAUGUGUGAACAAAACAAAAAGUAACAUUAAACAAAUUUUACACCCGCAAGAUGAACUCAGCCUCAUCGAGUACUUUAUACAACCUUAUAGCAUUAUCAAUUAACCACAACAAAUAAAAUAAAACAAGCUUAGAACUAGGAUCCAGAACAAAUUAUUCUAGACAUUUAAAAAAUUAUGACUGUGCAUGUGGAGAUACGCGAUAUGAAUCGAAAUGUCUAAAACAAAAUGUUAGUGGCGAAAACGAGAUGUUGAGUUAACCCCUACUUUUUUCUAAUAAGUUAGUUGUUGUUUUCAAUUAAAAAAAAUUGGAAGGAAAAAAUAAACAUUUAUUGUGUGUGGUCACGAACUCUACGAAAGUUAUAAAGGAGAAGAAGAAGAAAAAAAAAACUAAAAGUGCAAAUUAAUUCAUAAGUGUUGAUUUUAUAUAACCCCGAUAGGCGUUGAAAUAGUAGAGUUUAAAGAUGUACCUUUUUGUUUGUUUUGAACAAAUAAUGUUUUAAAAAUCGUUUUCGUUUAUCCCCUAUUGCUAACCCCCUCCUUUUCCGUGGAAGGUUUAAACAUUCGGCCGUACUAAACAGUUGAAAUUUGUUUAUAUUCUACAUCAUACUUUAUGUUUUUACUUCCUGUGUUUGUUUUUUAGACUAAGACAUAUUAUUUUCUGGAUAUCAUACUAACUAACGUAACAACAGCGAAAAAAAAGAACAUAAAAAGUACGAAGAUGAUUGUUGUAAAUUCGCUGAAAAAAGAACAUAGAAACAAAACUCUUGAAAAUUACACAAAAAAUAUAUAUAACGAAUAUUCAUAUAAUGGAUGUGCCUAAUAUCAAAUAAUACAAACAAUUGGAAA